UGUUUAUCCAGUCGUGCGAUAAACCUCGUGCUAAGUGAAGUGUGAAAUACAGGUUAGCGUGUAUACCGCGGCGUAUACUUUAAACACUGAUUAAAAUCUAACAUAACAGUUUCAAAAUUUUCGUUGAAAUCACAAUACGUUAAUAGUAAAUUUAUAAUCAUGGCGGUACGUGUACAGUUUGAAAAUAACAACGAAGUUGGAGUGUUUUCCAGGUUAACAAAUUCUUCUUGUCUGGUAGCAAUCGGUAGUUCCGAGAAUUUUUAUAGUGAAUUUGAGGCAGAAUUAGCUGAAACCAUACCUGUAAUUCACGCAUCAGUUGCAAGAUGUCGUAUAAUUGGUCGAUUAUGCGUAGGUAAGCACGAUAUGAGGAUUCUAAUCUCUAAAGUAAGGUGUUGUCCGUGA